UCAAACAUUCCAGGUAUAGAAUAAAUUUUUAACUUUUGGAACUUUGAAUAGAGAAAUCUUUGCAGAAAUGUCAGUAAGAGAGUCUUCCAGCAAGACUCAGGUGAUUGAGUGUUUUCAAAGGAGGUUCAGCACUUGGACACCAAUUAUCAACAAAUCAUUGAAUAAACAGCUUUUUCAGGAAAGAGUUAGUCUUAUAACUCAUUGGUUUGAUCUGUGGACUGAUAAGCAACGAAAGGAAUUUCUACUUACAAUAUUGCAAAAAUGCAGUCACUCACAAUUAAAGUUUGUCAAAGAUGAGUUUUCUGAGAAGAUUCCAGUGGCCAAAGUGGAUUUCUGUACAGUAUUACCACGUUUCAUUUCUUUGUACAUCUUCUCCUUCCUGAAUCCUAUGGAUUUGUGUGCAGCUGCACAAGUUAACUGGCCUUGGAAGUUUUUAACUGAACAGGAUUGUUUGUGGAGGCCGAAGUGCAUCCGGUUUGGAUGGUUUCUCCCUUAUGAUCCCUCAGAUAAUGAGUAUGGUGCUUGGAAACGUCAUUACAUCGCCUGUGUUGCCACUUUGGAUUGGCUAACCCCAAGGGAAGCUUCUGCCAUCUACGGGACUCUCAAUGAACCCAAAUCAGAAAAUGAAGAACAAGAAGAAAGGCAAAGAGAAAGACACCUAAGAAAAAUUAUUUGGGAGAAAUUAGCAUUCCAUAGAAGAGAGUUAUUUAAAGUUCGACCCCCUUGGAUGAGUGGAACAUGUUGUUCUACAGUAUUAAAAUCCAGAUGCCAGCCACAACUCCCACAGGUUAUAAAAGAUCGCCUCAAAUUGAGCGCAGCUUUGGAGAAACAGCUUGUUUUAACAUCUUUAGAAGCCUUACCUAAAAAAAAGAAUAUAGCUGGAAGUCAAUCUUAUCCUUUGUUAUCAAACAAGCAUUACCACAGAGUUGAUCAGAAGUAUGGCAGCUUUUCACAUUCAGUCCAGACUUCUCUGGUGUUGAUAUCAUCUAGGAUUCCUGCAUAUGAGAUGGUUGUGGAUAGUGUUAAAACUGGUGUCAUUCCUCUGGUAUAUGAAUAUACUGGCUUGACUUUGGAAAGUCUACUGUUGCUUGUAGAAAAAGUUCUUGAUGGUCAGAAGGCACAGAGCAUUGGAAUAUUUAGUGAUGGAGAUUCCAGAAAAAUCAAUUUAAUACAAGGCUAUACAAUUGGUGUUGAAAAUGUGCUGACUCCUGAGGUGCGAGAUUUUUGGGAGAAAUUUGGAAGCUGUGUGGCUACUCAAGAAGAAGGUGGUCAUGUUGAUAUCUUCAUCCCUCUGGCAGCAUCAGAGGCAGGUACAAAAGUUCUUUUCCAGCUGUCUCAGUUGACUGGAACAAGGUUUAGUUCCCCAACAGGGAUAGCAACUGGAUCCUACCAACACAGGCAGUUUAUGUUUGAUUCUCUGAGUCUUGCUAACAUUUUGACUAAUCAAGAAACAGCUCAGGUUCUAGCUGAUGGAUUGAUUGAGCUGUCAAAGGAGAAAUCAGAAAAUCCACUAGAAUAUCUGUCAUAUUUUCUGCUGAAGAAAUCUAGCAAAAAGAAGAAAAGAUUGGAUGAAAAUUUUAUCUCGACAAAUUGUGAUUCAACAACUCUCAGUUUAUUAACAAAGGAAAGAAAUUUAAAAGAUCAUUCUCAGGAACAAAAGACUGGUACCAGUGAAAAUGAUUCAAAACUCGAGGAGCUUAUUAAUUUGGAAAGGAAGCUCCAGAUGGACUUGGCAGAAAAGAGGACUAGAAUUGCUGGAGAACUCUUGAAAAGUGAGAGAAAUUAUGUUCAGAUGCUGGAAACUGUGAGGGAUGUCUAUUUCACUCCACUGAAAGCAGCCCUGGCAUCAAACAGAGCCAUCCUAAGUUCCACCGACAUCCAGAUCAUCUUCACUGAUAUAUUGUGUAUCUUAGAUCUCAAUAGACAUUUUCUAGGAGAACUGACAAAGAGACUCCAAGAAUGGGGUCCAGCACAAUGCUUUGGAGAAAUAUUCACAAAGUUUGGGCUUCAGUUGAAAACAUAUACCAACUUCUUCAACAACUACCCUAUUGUUUUGAAAACAAUUGAAAAGUGUAGAGAAAUGAUUCCAUCAUUCCGGGCAUUUUUGAAGAGGCAGGACAAGACCAUUGUUACAAGAAUGCUGAAACUGCAGGAGCUGCUCUUAUACCCAUCUAGAAGAUUUGAGGAAUACAUAAACAUUCUGUAUGGUCUGAGACUUCACACACCUUCAGAGCAUGUUGACCGUGCAGAUCUGACUAUUGCAAUCAAGCAAAUGAAAAGAUACAUGGAUUAUAUAAAUCAGUUGAAGCAAAAUGUCAACAGGAAAAAUCAGUUGUCAGACAUAGAAAGAAGUGUCUGUGGAUGCCCCACUCUCUCAGAAGGCAACAGAUUCCUAAUUAGGGUACAAAAUGUGGCCCAGCUUCGUUACAUCAAUGAAGAAAUCAGCCUCUCAUUAAGGCUCUAUGAACACAUCUAUGACCUCAGUCUUUUCCUCUUCAAUGAUGCACUUCUUGUUUCUCGUCGGACUAUAGUGCACACCCCAUUUGAAAGGACUACUGAGACAACUUAUCAGUUUCUAGCACUGGAAGUCCUUCACCAGCUGCUAAUAGAAGACAUCCCAGACUCCAAAUUUAUCAAGAAUGCAUUUGUUCUACAUGGCCCAAAAUGUCAGUGGAUUUGUUCAACAGAAAAUGAGGAUAAACUGGUAUGGUUGUCAGUGUUGCAGAGUACAAUCAGAAGCAGUAUUGAGAAGUAUGAUUAGACUUUAAAGGAAAAAACCAAGGGAACUCAUUAGUUGUUUUAAGGUUCCAGGUUAAAUGUCUAAGAGCUAAUAUUAAAGGAACUUUCGCAUUGGAUGGAAGGUUAACUAGGAUGGCACCUUUCCAACUCCAAAUGAUAUAAUAUUGUAAUCUAUACUCAACCAUUUAUUAACAGGAAUAAUUAAGCCCAACAGUUUGGAUCCCUCCCUUUGGUAACUGAUUUUAAUACUGUUAAUGUGCUCUAAUGAGUAACAAAAUCAGGAGGAAAUAUUGCAUAUGAGCAUGCAAGAAUACACACAUAUACACAUAAUGUAGGGAAAAAAAAGUGAAUUCAAAAGACCUUAGAUUAACCUCUUCCACUUGCUACUUGUCAGGACCUGUAAAAUUCAAGACACUGGACUAGGUCAUCUCUAAAGUCUCUUCUAGCUUUAAUGGUCUGAUUUUUGAAGAUGGUCAAGUCUUUCAAGAUCUUCAUUAUUUGUCAGGCACAUCCCCUCUUAAAUUUUUCUCAAGAUAAUAGAUUAAGAAUAUUCAGAAGUCUAGGUAAUGGAAAAACUUAUUUCUUGAAGAACUGGGAAUUUUUAAAUUAUAGGCCUAAAUAUCAUAAGAAUUUGGUAUAUAAUGCGUUACCUUAAAAAGGCUGGGAUUCAGAAAGAUUAAAAUGCAAAGGGGCUACACAAACAGCCUUUUGAGACAGAAAGCCCACUUGGAAGAAAUCAUUUAACCUUUUUGUGUCUUGCUUUGGUAAAAAGAUAUAUCCUCACUGGGAGUUCCCUAGAAAGAAGAAAUCAAAGAUUUGGGCUGGAGAGACUAGGUUGAUUUCCAAAAAUCACUUAAAUAUAUUUCAGACAUUUUAUUUUCAUUACAUAGUUCUGCCUGAAAUAUCUUCUUCCUGUCUUAUUUUCUUUCAACAGAAAACUUUUAAAAUUCCUAAAUAUGAAAUUUAGCCAAAUGUAACUGUUAACAUUUAAGUUGGAUAAAAGAAAAUGAAACUAAAUAAUCUUUAAAACAGGUUACCACUAAACUAAGUAGAUCUUUGUAAUAUUCUGAGUGAAGUAUACUAAGAAAUUUUAACUGGGAUAGCUAUUUAGAAACUGAAGCAAUAAAAUGUAGAAGCUUCACUAACUGAACACUGAUUAAAUAUAACAUUUCUAAGG